GACAUCUCCAGAGCUGCAAGGCGCUACAAAGAGUUCAGGCUCGAGCUCAAGAAGGUUCAGGAGCGCCUGACCAUCUUGGAGAGGAACCCACCCGAGCUGCCGCCGUCCAGGAAGCGACAGGUUUACAAGAAAAGCACGUCCUUCGCGAUUCUUGAACAAG